AUUAGCUCAGUUUACACAUGUCUUUUGUAAUCGGGGCUAUGGCAGUGUGCGCCGCUACUGUUGCUCAGUUAACUAUCGCUAUUAUGUUACUCGGAGUGGACGCUCAAAGUUCCUCAAUUUGUACAGUGUACCUGAUAUUGUUGGGGGCUGAUUGCAUUCUCACCUCACUCAGAAUAGCUCAGAUGUUGGGAGAUUCAGAUUGCCUUUGUUAUAAGAAGCAUCACAAGAAUGCUAGGACUGCUAUGAUAGUUGUGGGUCUCCUCUCGUCAAUAGGAACACUAGGAGUGGUAGGAAAGCAAAUAAAGGACCUGGACCCAGUGUUAAACUACGUGCAAAUGUUAAAGAAGAUGGGGUGGGAAGAGAGGGAGAUGUACCACAAGGAACCCAUAGACCAACCCUACGCUGUAAUAGUACUGGGAGUAAUAGCACUAAUAGGGCACCUGCUCAAUACCUUUGUAGCAUGUUGUCCUGGCAACCAACAAGCUGUCAGGCACAGCAACAAGCACAAGAAGGUGUGCAGGGCAGGGGGACUGAUAGCUACGGUAAGUCUGAGGAAAGGGGUAGUAGCAAGUAGAGCUCAGAUAGACGAUAUAUUAGCUGAACAAGCUUUAAAGACAGGACCUGAACAAGCUUUAAAGACAGGAGCAGCUGAUGAAACCACCAAAACACACCACCGUAUAUUACCGGACCCUUCCGUUCCUUGA